AUGGCUCAAUACUUAUCUUCAGACGAAAUCAAAGAGUUUCUGAAGGACCUCGAUGCGAAUAACAACGGGUUCAUCGACUAUCACGAGGUCGAAUCCAAGCUCGACCAAGUCCACAAUGAAAUUGCACCAAAAGCAAAAAGUUACAAUCUACAUCACAAAAACACCACAGAGAAACAACGACAUGAGUUUCUUCGUUCUGUCAUGGGAACAAGCGAAAACAAAAUUCCAAGAGAUGAAUUCUAUGAAACAGUCGAGGGCUGGAAAGUCCCAAGUCUAUCUCCUGAAAAGACAUCUGAAGAAGGAAGCAAGUAUUACAUGAAGCGUAUGGCUUGGGGCAGAAGAGUUAGGGCUUGGUGGGGUGUAAGAGGGACUGAAGUCUUGUUUCUGUUUGCGGUAAUAGCCAUGAUGAUUGCGUUUGGAGUAUGGCAAAUGGUGAAAUAUAUAACGGAUCCAGCUUACAGGCCAGCUUACGGCUGGGGGGUGGUGCUGGCAAAGACUUGUGCGGGAAUACUAUAUCCAACUCUUUUCUUUCUCCUGCUUUCCAUGUCUAGAUAUUUGAACGCUCUCGCCAGAAAGUCAUAUUACCUGUCAAGAAUGAUCAACUGGGAUUUGACCCAAAGCUUUCAUAUCAAGAUCUCUGUAGUUGCGAUGGCCGCUGCUACUUUACACGCUAUUGGACAUCUUACUGGAUCUUUCUUAUAUUCAAGCAGGCCAUCCCAAAGAGAAGCGGUAAUUGCAGUAACAGGAGUGCAUCGUUCUUACCGCCAAUAUGUCGCCCUUCUCCCAGGCUGGACUGGCAUUUCAGCUCUCUCUACGUUUUAUUUGAUCGCCCUGCUGUCCCUGCCGGUAAUUCGAAAGAAGCACUAUGAGAUAUUUCAGCUGGGUCACCUGCUCAUGUACCCCUUCGUAGGCCUCGUCUGUGCCCAUGGAUCUUUGGCUAUUUUGCAAUAUCCUAUGCUUGGCUUCUGGCUCAUCAUCCCUGUUCUUUUGAUCGUGGUCGAGCGCAGUGUGCGGGUUGGCUAUGGCUUCUACCAGAUACCUGCGAAGCUUGAGAUACUAGACGGAGAGACUGUUGUUAUAUCUGUGGUAGUUCCGCAAAAGCGAUACUGGAAGUAUAGGGCUGGCCAGUACGUCUUUAUCACGGUCCCUGAGUUGUCAAUGUUCCAAUGGCAUCCGUUCACAAUCUCGACAUGCAUCGGUAAUGAUAUGCAGCUUCAUAUCAAAACCGACGGAAACUGGACUUCCAAGCUCAGACAGUUGGCAAGAGAAAACGGAGAAGCCAAUAUUAAAAUCUGCAUUGAUGGUCCGUUUGGCGCGCCGGCUCAAAGGUUCUAUGAGUUUGAUUAUAGUAUAAUCAUUGGGAGUGGUAUUGGUGUUACUCCAUUCAGCGGCAUUCUAACUGACUUGCAAGCUCGCGAAGAGCGUUAUCGACGACAACUCUCACCUGCAUCUUCACGCACUCACAUUGAUCAAGGCGAAAGCACACUCCAUCUGAGCAAUCCUACCGAGAAGCCAACAAAGCUUAAAGCAGAACAACCAGUUUACAGACGUGUUGACUUUCACUGGAUCGUAAAAGACAAAAACUACCUCCUUUGGUUUUCCAACCUCCUGAAUUCGAUCUCCCGUUCUGCUUUGGCCGAGGCGAGUGAUGAUAUCCCACACCUCGACAUCCGUCUCCAGACUCAUGUCACACAAAAGCGGAAGAAUAUUUCAACGCACAUUUACAGAUAUCUGUUGGAGCUGCACCGGACUGAGGAGCAUCCUGAGUCUCCACUGACCGGUCUGAUUAACGAAACACAUUUUGGACGACCAAAUCUUGCCGAGAUUAUGAACGAUCAUUAUGGGAGUAUGCUUCAGACGAUCAAAGAGACGAAAGAAAAGGGAAUGGAAAUCAAAAAGAGGCGCGUUGGGGUUUUCUUCUGUGGAGCGCCACCAAUAGGAUAUGAAUUGGCAGACCGUUGCCAUGAGCUUACUGUCAGAGGUCGGGAAGACAAGAGUUACAUCGAGUACUAUUUCAUGAUGGAGGUCUUUGGGUAG